AUGUUUUGCAUUAAAGAAAUGGCCAAACGAGAAGAGUUAUACUCAAAUCUAUUACGAGUAUAUGCACAAGACUCAAACUUUCUGAAAGGAACAGCAAUUCACGCUCAAUUCAUCAAAGGGUAUAUCCCUUUUACUCUUUUUCUCCAAAACCAUUUGCUCAACAUGUAUAUCAAAAUCCCAGACCUUACUUCUGGACUCCAACUGUUUGAUGAAAUGCCAGAUAGAAACGUGGUGUCAUGGUCUGUUGUCAUGGCUGGUUGUAUCCGUAAUGGCUGUGCUUCAGAAGCUCUUUCUUUGUUCACCAGUAUGCACCGCGAGGGACUCACCAAACCGAAUGAGUUUACAUUUGUUAGUGCUCUUCAAGCUUCUUCGUUAACUGAGAAUGAGACGCCGGCUUACCAGAUUUAUUCGUUAGUGGUUCGGUCAGGACUUGAGUCUAAUGUCUUUUUGCUCAAUGCGUUUUUGACGGCCUUAGUUAGGCAUGGUAAAUUGAUGGAAGCCUUGCGAAUUUUUGAGACAAGUUCUAUUAGAGAUAUUGUGACAUGGAACACCAUGAUAGGGGGUUACUUGCAGUUUUCUUGUGAAAGGAUUCCGGUGUUUUGGCGCUACAUGAUUUGUAAGGGUGUGAGGCCGGACGAGUUCACUUUUUCCAGUGGUUUAACGGGGUUGGCUGCUGUCUCCUGUCUUGAAAUGGGAAUGCAGGUUCAUGCACACCUUGUUAAAACUGGUUAUGGAGAUGACAUUUGUGUAGGGAAUUCUUUAGUUGAUAUGUAUAUAAAAAAUCAAAAGUUGGAGGAGGGUUUCAAAGCAUUUGAUGAGAUGCCUAAUAAAGAUGUAUGCUCUUGGACACAAAUGGCGGAUGGGUGUUUACGAUGGGGGGAACCAAGAAAAGCACUUGCAGUCAUUGCACAAAUGAAGAGAAUUGGUAUCAAGCCAAAUAAAUUUACCUUGGCAUCUGCUCUAAAUGCUUGUGCUUGUUUGACUUCAUUGGAGGAAGGGAAACAGUUUCAUGGCUUGAGGAUCAAACUUGGAAGUGACGUUGAUGUUUGUGUUGAUAAUGCUCUUCUUGAUAUGUAUGCAAAAUGUGGAUGCAUGGAUAGUGCACGGGCACUUUUUCGAUUGAUGGAUUCUCGUUCUGUUAUCUCAUGGACAACAAUGAUAAUGGCGUGUGCACAGAAUGGUCAAUCCAGAGAAGCUCUUCAAAUUUUUGAUGAAAUGAGGGAAACGAACGUAGUACCAAAUUACAUCACAUACAUUUGUGUUCUUUACGCAUGUAGUCAAGGUGGGUUUGUUGAUGAAGGGUGGAAAUAUUUUUCCUCCAUGAAUAAUGACUAUGGAAUCUCUCCCGGAGAAGAUCACUACAUUUGCAUGGUGAGUAUCCUAGGCCGCGCUGGGCUAAUCAAAGAAGCUAAGGAGUUAAUCUUACGAAUGCCAUUUCAACCUGGUGUGCGGGUUUGGCAAACAUUGCUCAGUGCUUGUCAGGUUCACGGGGAUGUAGAGACGGGGAAACUUGCAGCAGAACAUGCCAUAAAACACGACAAAAACGACCCGUCAUCCUAUGUAUUAUUGUCUAACAUGUUGGCUGAAUCAAGCAAUUGGGAUGGCGUGGUGAGUCUAAGAGAACUAAUGGAGAUAAGGAAUGUAAAGAAAACACCAGGAUCCAGUUGGAUUGAUAUUGAAAAGAUUUAA